AUGAAGAGCUUACUCCUUGUGUUGGCCUUUUGUUUCGAACUAGCAAAUGCCUUCUACCUUCCCGGUGUGGCCCCCACGCCUUACAAGAAGGGUGAUUCAAUCCCAUUGUUGGUGAAUCACAUAACGCCAUCGAUCAACCCCGAAGACAGUUCGGCAAAAACGUACCUUUAUUCGUACGACUAUAAUUUCCCAAGAUUCCAUUUCUGCCAGCAUCCAGAUGGCCCAGAAAAGCAAAGCGAGUCUCUCGGCUCUGUGAUCUUUGGUGACAGAAUCUUCAAUUCGCCAUACGAGCUCAAAAUGCUGGAAAACAAAACAUGCAUAACUUUGUGUUCGGAUAUUUACUCCAAGAGUGAUGCUGCCUUUGUCAACAGAAACAUCCGUGCAGGUUUCAAGCACAACUGGCUUAUUGAUGGGCUGCCGGCAGCCAGAAGAAUGUUGGACGAGCAAACCCAAACCACUUUCUACAACUCUGGUUUCCACAUUGGUUUCGUGGACGACGAGAAUACUCCUCAUCUUUACAACCACCACGACAUCAUCGUCGAAUACCACAAGAGAAAGGAGGACGAGUACCGUGUUGUGGGUGUUAUUGUCAACCCUAAGUCCAUUAAUCAAGGCUCUGAUGUCAGCUGUGCUCCUCAGGAAGAGAAUCCAGUCACUUUGAGCCAGGAAGGAGAAACUGGUGUCACAUUCACCUACUCAGUCUAUUUCGUCGAGUCUCCAACCGUCUGGGCAACUAGAUGGGACAAAUACUUGCACGUUUACGACCCUAAAAUUCAAUGGUUCUCGCUGGUCAACUUCUCCAUUAUUGUGGUCGCUUUGUCCAUCAUCAUGUCGCACAUUCUCAUCAGAACUUUGAAGAACGACAUUCAAAAAUACAACGAGAUCAAUUUGGAUGACGACGUGAUCGACGAAAUGGGAUGGAAAUUGGUUUACGGUGACGUUUUCAGACCUCCAAAGAACCCAAUGCUUUUGUCGGUCCUUGUCGGUUCUGGUUUGCAAUUGCUCCUGAUGGCCUUGAGCACAUGUGGAUUUGCCCUGUUUGGUCUUCUUUCCCCAUCAAACAGAGGUUCUCUUGCCACUUUGAUGUUCAUCUUGUAUGCUGUCUUUGGAUCUGUUGGUUCUUUUACUUCUGCAUACAUCUACAAGUUCUUCCAAGGUGAGGACUGGAAGACCAACAUGAUCUUGUCACCAUUCUUGGUUCCAGGAGCACUGUUUGCAUUCUUCAUCUUCUUCAAUUUCUUCCUGAUCUUUGCCAACUCAUCAGGAGCAGUUCCAAUCGGUACCAUGUUUGUGAUUGUGUUGGUUUGGUUCAUCAUCAGUAUCCCACUGUCUUGUGUUGGUUCUCUUCUUGGAUUCAGACGCCAGGUCGUCAAGGUUCCUGUCAAGGUGAACCAAAUUCCAAGACAAAUCCCUAAACAAUCUUGGUACCUGAAGACUUCUAACAUGGCCUUGAUUGCCGGUAUCUUCCCAUUCGGAGCAAUUGCCAUCGAGAUGUACUUCAUCUUCAACUCUCUGUGGUUCAACAGAAUCUACUACAUGUUUGGAUUCCUGUUCUUCUGCUUCGUGCUCAUGAUCAUCACAACUCUCCUCGUGACCCUUCUGCUCACCUACUACACCUUGUGCAACGAAAACUACAAGUGGCAAUGGAGGUCUUUCUUCGUUGGCGCAGGUAUCUCUAUCUACGUGUUCUUGCAUGCUCUGAUUCUGUCGAAAUUCAGACUUGGUGGCUUGACCUCUGUGGUUCUCUACGUUGGCUACUCCUUUGUCAUUUCGCUUGUGAUUGGACUUUUGUGUGGUUCCAUUGGUUUCCUUGGUGUCAUGGUGUUUGUUCUGAGAAUCUACAGUCAAAUCAAGGUCGACUGA